UAAGCAUCUUGGGAAGGAGAAAGUGUUGACGAGUCAAACAACCAUUUUCCCCUUUGAAAUGUGCAAGUCCUUUAAUUGUUUUCAAACAUCUGUAUACUAUUUUAAAGCUUGUUUAAACUGGUUGAGUCGCACAGAGCGUAGUGGCAGAUACGGCGGCAACGAUCUGGGCCGGGGUGAGUCAGAGUGGCGUGAGAGGGGAGAGCAGGACAUGCGCCGAUGGGGCGAAGAGAGACACAGCGAACGCUACAAUGGAGGAGAACGCCGAGGGAGCAGAGGCAGUCCAGAGCAGAGAGACAGGAAGCGACGGAACAGUGAUAGAUCUGAAGACUGUUACCACUCUGAUGGAGACUACCCUGAGCAGGAAUACAGGGAGGAGCCAGGGGAAGAGAAGGAGAGUAAGACAAUCAUGCUCCGGGGCCUGUCUCUUCACAUUACAGAGGGAGACAUCCGAGCUGCCCUGGACCAGCUGGAGGGACCCCAGCCAAUAGAUGUCCGCCUGAUGAAAAAGAGGACAGGUAUAAGCCGAGGUUUCGUCUUCGUGGAGUUUUAUCACUUGCAAGAUGCUACCCGAUGGAUGGAGACCAAUCAGAAACUCCUGGUCAUCCAAGGCAAGAGUGUGGCCAUGCACUACAGCAUCCCGCGACACAAGUUUGAAGACUGGCUCUGCAACACUUGCGGCCUGUACAAUUUCCGGAGGAGGCUGAAGUGCUUCAGGUGUGGAGCAGCUAAAGCUGAGGGUGAGACCAACACCACUGGAGUCACAGAGACCCAGCAGAGUGGAGACUACUACGGCGACACAAUCAUCCUGAGGAARAUAGCCCCUUUGACCACGGUGGAGGCCAUCCUGACAGCCCUGGCCCCCUACGCCAACCUGUCACCCAGCAACAUCCGUCUCAUUAAGGACAAACAGACGGGACAGAACAGAGGCUUCACCUUUGUACAGCUCUCCUCCCCUCUGGAGGCAUCUCAGCUCCUAACCAUCCUGCAAGGACUACAGCCUCCUCUCAAGCUGGAUGGAAAGACCAUUGGUGUGGACUAUGCCAAGAGUGCCAGGAAGGAUCUCUUGCUCCCAGACGGUAACCGGAUCAGUGCCUUCUCUGUGGCCAGCACAGCCAUCGCUGCUGCCCAGUGGUCCUCCAGCCAGCCUCAGCAGUGUGCUGAAGGACAUCUGUCAGAGUACAGCUACCUAGAGGAGGGCUACGCUCCCUACACACAGGACUACCAAGCCUACUACCAGCAGGCAGCAGGAGACCCUUCCCAGGGGAACGGAAUACUGGGAGCGGCUCCAGGUGUCCCAGCAGCUACAGGAGUGGUGAUCUCACAGGGUGCACAGGUCUACCAAUCCAACCUCAUCAGUCACACUGCCGCACAAGCGUUGCAACUGGAAGCAAAACAGACCGGAAUUCACUCGGCAGCUGCGACCAUGACAGCGCCGGUUUCCACAGCCACAGCGACACUCUCUGGACUGGCCACUGACACAGCUGUACCUGAUACCUCUACCUACCAGUAUGACGAAUCCUCUGGCUUCUACUUCGACCCUCAAACCGGCCUCUACUACGACCCAAAUACCCACUACUACUACAACUCCCAGACGCAGCAGUACCUCUACUGGGACAGUGAGAAACAGACGUACGUCCCUGCCUCAGCCGCCGACCAAACUGAGCAGAGUGCGAAUGCAUCAGCAGCAGCUAGCAACGAGGCUAAGGAAUCAAAGGAGAGGAAACAAGAAAAGCCCAAGAGCAAGACUGCUCAGCAGAUCGCUAAGGACAUGGAGCGCUGGGCGAAGAGUCUGAACAAGCAGAAGGAGAACUUUAAGAGCAGCUUCCAGCCCGUCAGCCAGGAGGAGAGGAAAGAGGCCGCGGCUGCUGACGCAGGCUUCACACUCUUCGAGAAGAAGCAGGCUGGAAGCUUGGAAAUGCUGAUGUUAGAAGCAGUGCAGCGCCCUGAGGAGCAGGUCCCAACCAACUCAGCCAAGGUUGGCCUGGUGGCAGCCUACAGUGGAGACAGUGACCCAGAGGAAGGGGGUGCAGCAGAGCUGGAGCACGGUGGUGGUGAGCAGGACCAGCUGACAGACUGGAAGAAGAUGGCGUGCCUGCUGUGUAGGAGACAGUUCCCCAAUAAGGACGGCCUGGUGCGCCACCAACAGCUCUCAGACCUCCAUAAGCAAAACCUGGAGGUCCACCGCAGAUCUAAGCUGAGUGAGGCUGAGCUGGAGGAGCAGGAGAGGAGAGAGACCGAGAUGAAGUACAGGGACCGGGCUGCGGAGAGGAGAGAAAAAUACGGCAUCCCUGAACCCCCAGCACCCAAGAAGAAGAAAUUCACCGCACAGCCAGCACCAGUCAUUAACUAUGAACAACCCACCAAGGACGGUCUGAACAGUGACAACAUAGGGAACAAGAUGCUGCAGGCCAUGGGAUGGCAGGAGGGCAGAGGUCUGGGCCGUAACCAGCAGGGCAUCACUGCACCUAUUGAGGCUCAGCUGAGGGCAAAGGGAGCUGGUCUUGGAACCAAAGGCAGCAGCUACGGCCUGUCUGCCUCUGACACAUACAAAGACGCUGUGCGCAAAGCCAUGUUUGCCCGCUUCACUGAAAUGGAGUGAUUUGCCCAAUCCACCUGCCUCCUAAGAAUGGACACAUCCUUCUGGACCUGGGCCCAGAUUCACAAAACAUUUCUUAUGUAAAAACUUAAGAAGCUUCUUAAGAAAAUAAAAAAAGAUGUUCGUAAGUGCAAUUCGGUGUUUGUUGCUAAGCAACCGUUUUAACUAGCAAUGCCAAUCAUGUUACCGUAUUUCUUACUGAGAUUACUAUUCUAAAACAUGUUCUUGGGUUUAAAUAAUCAAUACUGAUACUUUCAGAUGAAGUUUGUGUGAAUUAAACAUGU